ACUGAAAACCGAUAAUAAUGGCGGUGCCUGGUGUCCCAAACAUAUGGUCUCCAAAGCUUUAAAGGAAUAUCUGGAAGUCGAUUUAUUAUCGGUGCAUGUUAUAACAGCGAUACGCACCCAAGGAAGAUUCGGCAAGGGCCAAGGCCAAGAAUAUACGGAGGCCUAUGUUUUGGAAUAUUGGCGACCGGGUUUCACCAGCUGGAAGCGUUGGAAGAACACCCAAGGAAAGGAGAUUUUACCCGGCAACAUCAAUACCUACAGUGAAGUGGAAAACACAUUACAACCGAUUAUAUUCGCAUCAAAAAUACGCAUUUAUCCAUAUGGCCAGUAUGAUCGUACCGUGUGUCUGAGAGCCGAAAUUGUGGGUUGUCCAUGGGAAGGUGAGUGAGAAAAAA